UCAACAGUAUCUGUCGACAAAACUUCUGUCGACAAAAGCCUGUAGUCUAGAUGUACCCAGAGAGAUCAGGCCAUAAAUACCCCUGCAGUAACGACUGCAGGUACCUCAUCAUCUACGACUCAUUCUGGAAACUGAACUCACGUGCUGCUCUCUGACAAGAGGCAGGAGGUCCAUCCGAGGCAGGCAUCGUAACAGCAUUCGUCAUCCUCUACCUGGUCAAUAGAGAGAUGCUGCUACACCUGAUCGGUAUGCGGGGAGUCUGAGUCCCCCCCUCCCCCCCAGCCUGACUGACCAUGGACACCGAAACCGUGCAGCCCCCGGAAGCCGCCCUGACGGUGAACGAGCAAGUCAUCGUGAUGUCGAGUCACGAGACUAUCCGAGUGCUGGAGGUGGGAGUGGAUGCCCCGCUUCCAGCAGAGGAUGAUGGGAAAGCUUUGGAAGCAACUGCUGGAGAGGUGGCAAGCGGCUGCCCCGUGGAAAGAAGUGAUCCAGCAAGACAAGGCAUGCAGCCAAACCAAGAGGCCACUGGUGGAGAGACAGCUGGCGAAGUAAAGUCGUUGCCUGGAAUAGCUCCCCCCAGCAUCUCCUCCAUCACCACCUUCAACCAAGCCACGAGCCAGCCGACCCAAGCCCUCACUCCUUUGGCCGUCCAAGCCGCGCCGCAGGUCUUGACUCAGGAAAACUUAGCCACAGUUGUGACAGGAGUAAUGGUUCCCGCAGGGGCAGUUACUCAACCUCUUCUUAUCCCCAUCAGUAUUGCAGGUCAGGUGACAAGCCAGCAGGGGCUGGCUGUGUGGACAUUUCCUACAGCAACGGUCGCUGCCCUGCCCGGACUGACUGCGGCUUCUCCUACAGGGGGAAUUUUCAAACCACCUUUAGCCAAUCUGCAAGCUGCGGCAGUGCUGAACACGGCCAUCCCCCCCGCCCGCCCCUCCUGCCCCACCCCGCCGCCGCCCCGCCGCCCUAAGGAGCUGGAAUCCCGGCAGGCCAACCUGCCCGUUGGGCAGUCAGUACUGACGGAGCAGCUCGCAAAAUGGGGCCUGAUUGCCAAGCCCAUGGAGACGCAGACGCAAAUCACGGUCCAGCCUGCGGGAUUUGCCUUUAACCCUGGCAUAAUCUCCGCGGCUUCUCUUGGGGGGCAAACCCAGCUCCUCAGCUCGCUGGCCGCCGCCCCCGUGAUCGCAAACACCAUUCCCAGCGUCCAGGGGAUAACGAGCCAGAUCCUGACCAACGCCCAGGGACAGGUCAUUGGGACACUGCCCUGGGUGGUGAACCCGGCUGGCAUCACGACGGCCAGCCCCGCCCCUGCUGCCUUGCCGGCCCAGAACCUGCAGGUACAGGCGGUGACCCCGCAGCUGCUGCUGAACGCCCAAGGGCAAGUCAUCGCGACCUUAGCCAGCAGCCCCAUCCAGACGGCGGCCAUCAGGAAACCUGGCGCCCCGGAGUCCCCGGCAAAGAACGAGAUUCAGCCAAUCCAGCCUGCCCCUGCUCUGUCCCAGCCGGCGGUGGUCAUCGCAAACCCAGCCCCCGCCGCUAAGCCCUCCUCUGUGCCUGUUCCCAUCACCUGCUCGGAGACCCCGACAGUGAGCCAGCUGGUCUCCAAGCCUCAGGCUCCACACGCGGGCGCGGAGGAGGACGGCAUCAACCUGGAGGAGAUUCGGGAGUUUGCCAAGAACUUCAAGAUCCGACGCCUGUCUCUGGGCCUGACGCAGACCCAGGUGGGCCAGGCGCUGACGGCGGCGGGAGGGCCGGGCUACAGCCCUCAACGCCUACUUCGAGUCGAGAAGCUGGACAUCACGCCCAAGAGCGCCCAGAAGCUGAAGCCCGUGCUGGAGAAGUGGCUGAGCGAGGCCGAGCUGCGGAACCAGGAAGGGCAGCAGAACCUGAUGGAGUUCGUGGGCGGGGAGCCCUCCAAGAAACGCAAGCGCCGCACCUCCUUCACGCCCCAGGCCAUCGAGGCCCUCAACGCCUACUUCGAGAAGAACGCUCUGCCCACCGGCCAGGAGAUCACCGAGAUCGCCAAGGAGCUCAACUACGACCGCGAGGUCGUCCGGGUCUGGUUCUGCAACCGCCGGCAGACGCUCAAAAACACUAGCAAACUCAACGUCUUUCAGAUCCCCUAGCGGGCAGGUGGGAGGAGAAGGCCCUGCCCGGCCUGCCCCGAGCACUUUGUGACUUACUGGUCCCAAGGGCUUGUCCCUGCCCAUCCUCACUCCCCGCCACUAGCCCAGCUCCGCUGACUGCCACCGGGCGCUACUUCCUCCGUCGUGCCCCUCACAGGAUCUGACCGUGCACACGUCGGAGGUCGCGCGCCUCGCUCCUUCCUUCUCCCGAGUGUAACCUGUCGUGAGUACCAGAGCUGCCGAGGGGAUGUCCCCAGCUCCCUUCCCCCCACGGGGGGGUCGGCGUGGGGCAGGGCACAAGGAGUCCCGUGAUCUGUGCAUUGCUGUGCCCCACAACCCCGCCAGUAACACGCGCGGCGUUUUUCUUUUCCGGAAUUUCCUGUUUCCCCCGGGUGGGCGUCCGCGAAGAGGCAGACGUGAAGCCGGUUCCGUUGCAAUCCCUUGUUUAUUUCGUGCGCCCGGCUGUCCCGUGUGAGACACGAGUCCUCGGGAGCGAACGGCACCCCGGCAGAGCAGCUUCAUUGGCGUCCCGCCGCCUGUGAGCGCAAAGCACGAUGCCUGGGGUACGGCGAGCUGCUAGCGUUCGGGGUCGCUGCAUCGUUUCAGGAGCGGGUUGCUCCCUUCCUCACCUCGUUUGCCAGCGGAGAACCGGCCGCCCGCGUCCUGAUAUCUCCCCUGCCCACCGGUGGGAAACGGAAGGCUAAAUUGCACUAAAUGGGAUUGUUUCGUAGGAAGAAAUGGUCAGAACAGGCCGGGCCAAGCAAAUUCUUCACCAAAGUGACGUCCGUCCGUCUUUUGUUUGCAUCGGUUCCUUCUGACGUCAAGCCUGACAGUCUGAGCCUGGCAUCGGGGGGGGUCUAAAGGCCGCUGUGGUUUGGGGUGUGGAACCAGCCCUGUUAGCUGGGAGACACAAACUACUCUUAAGUCGUCUCACCUGCAGAGGGGAGUUCUGCUGCGGGAGCCCGAACUAGCCAAGGUUCAUUUACCUUCCUGUUGCAGGGUUCUAUGCCUGCCUUUCGGGCCUGGCUUUUCUGAAGGGGGAGACCUGGAACAUGAAAGAACCGGACUCUUGCUGAGGCCCAAAGGGGGAUGGGGACAUAGGAGCAGCCCUCCCGGCUGUAAGAGGGGCAGAGCAUCUGGCAAUUGUCUUGUCAAAUUGCCAGCCGGAAGGGGGCCUGCCAGCCCUCCUCCCCGGUGGAAAAUGGCCGGGCAAAGGACAGAGAGCGUAGCACAGAGACAAACCAGGCCAGGGAUGAGGGUGGGGGAAGGAGCAGCCUUCAGCUUUGAACUACAGCCUUUGAACUACGCACUUUCCCCUCCUUGUGCGGCUCAACAGUCAGGGGACACUCCCGUCUGUUCCGCUACUGCCAGCCUUUUAGAGCACAUCCGACGU